GGGUAUCAACUGCAUGACCUUAUUUUUUUUUCAGGAAGCGCCACUGCGGAAUGCCUGACUGACUCGGACCCCACAGGAGAACUUUACACUGGAACGCAGAAUGUUGCUAGCAAGGGAGAAGUGUGUCAAAGAUGGGACAGCCAGUCGCCACAUGGUCACAAGUUUACUAAUCUUGAUGGCCAAGCUAAUUACUGCCGAAAUCCAGACGGUGAACGCGGCCCCUGGUGUUACACAAUGGACCCGGAAGUUCGUUGGGCUUUUUGUGAUAUUCCUUCCUGUAACAACAUUGUAGGAAGCGCCCCUGUGGAAUGCCUGACUGUCUCGGAUCCCUCAGGAGAACUUUACACUGGAACGCAGAAUGUUACAAGCACGGGAGACGUUUGUCAGAGAUGGGACAGCCAGUCGCCACAUGGUCACGGGUUUACUAAUCUUGGUGACCAAGCUAAUUACUGUCGAAAUCCAGACGGUGAACGCGGCCCCUGGUGUUACACAAUGAAACCGGAAGUUCGUUGGGCUUUGUGUGAUAUUCCUUCCUGUUAA